GACUCCUCUGUGGAGGAAAAAGAGAGGGCAGAGCUGCAAUUUCUGCCCUGCUGCAAUUUCUGGAGAGGAGCCUUCCUUUCCUUUCCUUUCUUCCCCUUUGCUCUCUUUUCCUUUCCUUCCCCCUCCCCCUUCUCCUCCUCCUCCUCCUUCUUCUUCUUUUUUCUUCUUCUUCCUCCUCCUCCUCUCUUUGGAAAAAUUAUAUAAUAGCAAUAUUUAAGCACCCUCUUUUCCUUCUCAACCCUCCUUUCCAUCCCCCCCUUUUUUUUCUUUCUUUUUGCAUCUGAUCCUUCCUGGAUGAAUUUUUCUUUUUUUCUUUUUUAAAUAGAAGUGGGCAGGAAAAAAAAAAUAUGUCGGUCUGUUUUGUAGGAACUGAUCAACAAGACUCGGUGGCGUUGCAAGCUUUGCAGAAGUUUCCCAAGAUGUCCAGUGACAGACAAAGGUCAGAUGACGAAAGUCCAAGUACCAGCAGUGGUAGUUCAGAUGCAGACCAGCGGGACCCACCAGCGCCUGAGCCUGAGGAGCAAGAAGAAAGGAAACCUUCAGCCACCCAGCAGAAGAAGAAUACCAAACUCUCCAGCAAAACUACUGCUAAGCUAUCCACCAGUGCUAAAAGGAUUCAGAAGGAGCUAGCUGAAAUCACCCUGGAUCCACCACCUAACUGCAGUGCUGGGCCUAAAGGUGAUAACAUUUAUGAAUGGAGAUCUACUAUCCUUGGUCCUCCAGGUUCUGUAUAUGAAGGUGGCGUUUUUUUCCUGGAUAUCACAUUUUCAUCGGAUUAUCCAUUUAAACCACCAAAGGUUACUUUCCGCACUAGGAUCUAUCACUGCAACAUCAACAGUCAGGGAGUCAUCUGUCUGGAUAUUCUGAAAGACAACUGGAGCCCGGCUUUGACUAUUUCAAAGGUUUUGCUGUCUAUUUGUUCCCUCUUGACAGACUGCAAUCCUGCUGAUCCUCUGGUGGGAAGCAUAGCCACUCAGUACCUGACCAACAGAGCAGAACAUGACAGGAUAGCCAGACAGUGGACCAAGAGAUACGCAACAUAAGUGACGCCGAUGAGCUUGUGCAAUGCGAAGAUGCUGGGAUGCAGCUUUGCAGUGUGCAACUGAUCUUUAUAGCCUUUACAAUACGGACUUCUGUGUAUAUGUUAUACUGAUUCUACUCUCUGCUUUUAUCCUUUUGAAGACUGGGAUACUGCUUUCCUUCCCUUCUCCCCUCUUCCCCCUCGACAUCUCCCCAUCCACCCCAAAAGGUAAAAUGCUAUCAAGAGUAGAACUUUGUAGCUGUAGAUUAGUUAUGUUUAAAAUGCCUACUUGCAAGUCUUGCUUCUUUGGGAUAUCAAAAUGUAUUUUGUGAUGUAACUAAGGAUACCGCUCCUGAAGUCAACCAAAUAUUAUAGUGCAUUUUAGCCUAAUUCAUUAUCUGUAUGAAGUUAUUAAAGGUAGCUGUAGAUGACUAGGAAUUAUGUCAUUUGUAUUAAGCCCAGAUCUAUUUCCGAUAUGUGGUACAUGCUGUUGUGAAAACUGUUUUAAACUUUUACCUUUGUCAGUUUGUAAUGAAAGGGAUUCCUUUUCUCUUCUGCUCCUCCCAUUGCCACCCACCUUGUAACUCCGAGAGCAUCCAGUGUAUCAUCUCAAACACAAUAAAUAUGUUCCUCAAGGAAGA